UGCAGUGAGGGUCCACCUCCGUCUCCUAGUGAUGGCGGCGGUUGUAGGGAAGGCAGAGGCCGGGACUGAGGCGGAGGCGAUGGGCUCUCAGGCGCAGCCGGCCGAGACGCCCAAGCUCUCCGACAUCUUCGAGAACGGCUGGAGGCUGCACGAUGAGGUGGAGAACAGCAACGAGUCGUCCAACUCGGAGGCCUUCCAGCGCAAGGUGCGGCGGGGGAUGGAGCUGCUGGAGCAGGCCACUCGCAUGGUGAACCAGCUGGACCUGUUCAGUCGAAAUGAAGAGUUGGAAGAAAUUGCCACUUCUGACGUUAAGUAUCUGUUGCUGCCUGUGUCUGGAGCUCUUACAAUGAAACUAGGGAAUUCUGCAAAGCGGCUUGAGCAUAUACAGGCCCAAGUCUAUUACAUGGACUUCUUGCAGCGUUGCAAAGAUUAUAACGUUAUGACAUUUGAGUUCCCCCAAACGACGGAAAAUAAAGAAGAAAGUAACAAAGCAAGUGCUGAUCCCAGUAGACCUACUGUUUCAAGUCAAUCCAGUUUAUUCUCCAUGGCAGCAAAAAGACAGGCUAAAAUUGAAAGGUAUAAUAUGAAGAAAGAAACUGAAGCCAAAUUAAAAGAGAUUAAAUCUGUUAUCUGCAGUGGAAAAGCAGACGAUGAGCAGACAAGGAAAUUUUAUCUAUUGAAUUUACAAAAGUGGAUAAGCACAAGUCUGGAAGAGAUUGAGAGCAUAAAUCAAGAAAUACAAAUUUAAAAAGAAUGGAGGGAACUAAACCAGUAAGCUACUCGACCACAAAGACCCCCAAUGCAACCUUUUAUCCUUACUCGGAAUGCAGCUGAAGCCAAGGUGUUUGGUCUUGGUUAUCCAAGCCUUCCAACCAUGACUGUUGAUGAUUGGUAUGAGCAGCAUAAGAAGAAGGGUGCUCUUCCUGAUCAGGGAAUUCCAAGAAGUCAUCCAGUUGAUCAGGAAAAUCGAGAACAGGAAGCUGAAAAUGAUAAUGAGGCGGAUGAUGAGCAGGCCCUGAGAAUUGCACGUGAAAAGGAUGACUGGAAGGAUACACACAGACGCGGAUAUGGCAACAGGCAGAACAUGGGUUAGUUGUUCUACUUGGGCUACAUUUCAAGUUUCACCGCUCAUCCUUGAGCCUUUGAAAGUGUACUGAGAGUUGGAACCUGCACCAAUAUCAAGAUAGAUGUGUCAGCCAUGCAGUGUAUGCCGCUGUCUGUUUGUGAGGUCAUCAUUGGUUUCCGAGUUGUCAACAAUUACAUUGUUGGUAGUGCCUUUUUAACAAAAAAAAAUUUAGUGACCAUAUUAUGAAGCUUAGCUCAAAGCAAAGUGAGGCACUUGUUGCAAAUGCCGUUUAAAACUUGUGGUUUUUUUUGGAGUAUGGUAACGUGAUGAAUAGCAUUGAGAGUGAGAAAAGGUGACUGAAUGCACAAAUGUAUAGUUACCACCAACUGAGUAACAAACAUAAGCAAUUGACUUGGAGUUGCGAUUAUAUAUAAUUACAGUAAAAUUUCUGAAUUUAGUAUUAAGCAGCAUCUGGCAAUCUCAAUCUAAAACUCUUGUAUGUUAUUCCCAUUCUCCAAAUCAGGAGUUCAGAUUCCUUUGCCAACUUUCUUUAAUGUUAGUUAACAAACAAACUGCAAAACGUGAAUUUUUGAGCUGUAUUUAAUCCCUGAAUUAACUAGUUUUUGUCAUCUGAAUUCCUAUAAUCUGUGCGAAUGUUUAGUAUUGUAGAAAAUGUUUUUCCUGCUUCAUAAUCUUUGGUUUAAAAUAAACUGUUUUCCCAUGUUAUGAACUGCAAGUUGCCAAAUAAAGAAAACUGUAAGUC